AAGGCAUUGGACAUGCCCUGAAACUCUUAGGACUGCAAUCUGUGAUGCACUAUGUUCAGGCCACCAGGAGGAAGAUCGACAAUGCACAAAAUGUUCAGUCUGCCAUCUGUUCUUCUCCUAAUGCACUCUUUCUUUGUAAGCUGUACUACAAUGCUGAACAACAGAAGAACUCACCCAUGCACAAUUAAGGAAAAUAAGAUAUCAGUGGUGUUUGACUGUCAGGCACGACACUUAGAAACUAUUCCACCACCGGUCAACUACUCAACUACUUCUGUAGUGCUGCUCUUGUCCUAUAAUCAUAUACAAAUUGUGCCAAAAUAUGCUUUCCAAAAAUGGCCUAAUUUAACAAAAGUAGAUUUAGGUUUCAAUUCCAUUAAGAGCAACACCAACACCAUUGCUAGAGUUUUUAUUCUAGACAAAGAAGCAUUUAUCAACCAAACCAAGCUCAUGCAGUUGUUCAUCGAUAGCAAUACCUUGCAUUCAAUACCACCUGGACUGCCCAUUUCAUUACGUAUUCUACACUUACAGUAUAAUAAUAUUUUGUCAAUCAACUGUGAAAGUUUCUCUACAAUAAAAUACUUGAAACAACUAUAUCUGGAUCACAACUGUUACUAUGGUAAUAACUGCUCUGAAAAAUUAGAGAUUCAAGAAGGAACGUUUCUGCAGUUGAAGAACUUGACCAUUUUGUCUCUGUCAUAUAACAACUUAAACAAGGUUCCUUCAAGUCUACCCCCAUCCUUAGAAGAACUAUAUUUGAAAAAUAACAAUAUACGCACUAUUGAAAAAGAAGACUUCAUGAAUCUAACUCAUUUAAGAAUUCUUGAUUUGAGUGGUAAUUGUCCAAGAUGCUUUAAUGCCCCAUAUGCCUGCAAAGCCUGCCCUAACCGGUCUGCACUAGUAGUACAUCCAAAUGCAUUUCAGUACCUUAAAAAAAUGAUGGUACUUAACCUUGGUAAUACCUCUCUGAGGACUGUUCAGAGAAGCUGGUUUCACAACCUAACACAACUAAAAGUUUUGAACCUAGAGAAGAAUUAUUUGGUGAAUGAAAUGGCCUCGGGGGAUUUUUUCCUUAGUUUAUCUUCCCUUCAUAUGCUCGAUUUGUCAUUUAAUUAUGACAUAGGAAAGUAUUUCCAGUAUUUGUAUCUUUCAGAGAAUUUUUCCAAAUUAAUAUCUCUUCAAGAAUUACAUGUGCAAGGCUAUGUCUUUCAAAAAAUUACAAAUAUAACCUUUUUGCCAUUACUUAAGAUAAAAACAUUGAACGUUAUCAACUUUGGAACAAACUUUAUUAAGCAGGUUAAUUUAACAGUGUUUCAUCAUUUCCAGAAUUUAACUAUGAUAUAUUUAUCUGAAAACAGAAUAAGUCCAUUUCCUGUAAAACCAAAUGAAAACAAAAAUAAUCUGAAACGUUCUAGACGUGCAGCCCAGGAUAAUACAACAUCCAAGAUUUUAGAUCAUUUAAUUGAUUACCCUAUAGAAAACAGUAAUAGAAAUAAUAUGUGGUCUGACCGCAUAAUCAAGCCCAAAUGUGCUUCAUUCGGAAAAACAUUAGAUCUUAGUUUCAAUACCAUGUUCUUUAUUAAUAAAGAUGAUUUUCUUUUAUUAUCAGACAUAGUAUGUUUAAAUUUGUCCCACAAUAGCCUUGAUCAGGAUUUUAGUGGCUCUGAAUUUGUUAACCUACCAAAUCUAACAUACUUGGACUUGUCAUUCAAUAAAUUAGAUUUUGAUUCCUCCAAUGCAUUUCAGGAAUUAAAAAAACUACAGGUGUUAGAUGUAAGUUACAAUGCCAAGUACUUCAUUGUUGAAGGUGUAACUCAUAAUUUGAAUUUUAUUAGUAAUUUGCCUAGUCUAAAAGUAUUAAAUAUAAGUUGGAAUAAAAUAUCUACUCUAACUGAAUACCAAGUUAACAAAAGUGCAAUAGAGGAAUUAAGGUUUGCUGGGAACCUUUUAAAUAAGAUGUGGGGAAGCUGGAAACCAAAUUAUAAAGAUAUUUUUAAGAAUUUUACCAGUCUCAAAAUCCUAGAUAUAUCUUUUAAUUAUCUAGAACAACUUUCUGAUAUAAUAGCCGCCAAUUUACCUAGAAAUCUGACAACAAUCUAUCUAAACAACAACCGUCUAAAAUACUGGGAGUGGAAAACUUUGAGUCACUUUAAACAUUUGAAAUUUCUUGACCUUAGCCAUAACAAGCUGAUAACAAUUGAACCCAACUUGUCCAAUUAUACGUCAUCCUUGCAAAAACUUUUACUGAAAAAAAAUCUAAUUUCAAGAUUGACAGCUUCCUUUCUUUAUAAAGCUGUAAGCCUUACUGAGCUGGAUCUACGUGAUAACCAUAUCCAGACAAUAAACAAAUCAGUAUUUUUGUCAGGAAAUGAGAACUUUUUAAAAGUCCUGUGGCUGGAAGGAAAUCCAUUUGACUGUACCUGUGACAUUAUUGACUUUUUACAGUGGAUCAAUAACAGCAAUGUUACAAUUCCACUAUUGGCCACUGAUGUUACUUGUGCGUCUUCAGAUUUGUUGAGGAAGAAAAGUAUCUUGCACUUUGACAUACAAGCUUGUUCUUUGGACUCUGUUUCUAUGAUUCUUUGUUUUUUGUCAUUUUUUUCAGUUGUCCUUGUUAUGGCAUUACCGAUUAUGAAACAUUUGUUUUAUUGGGAUCUUUGGUAUAUAUAUCACUGGUGUAUGGCAAAGCUGAAACCCAACAAAACUGUUGUUUCAAAAACCCUAUACGAUGCGUUUAUUACUUAUGAUGACAAAGAUCUAAAUGUCAGUGACUGGGUUUACAAUGAACUAUGUCAUCAGCUGGAAGAAAAUGGGGACAGACACAUAUUGCUCUGCUUAGAGGAAAGAGACUGGGAGCCAGGGAAAGCUGUUGUUGACAAUAUUGCACAAAGCAUCAACCAAAGUAAAAAGACUGUGUUUGUUCUUACAAAGAAAUAUGUAAAAAGUGGAAAGUUCCGGACAGCUUUCUACUUGGCCAUGCAAAAACUGAUGGAUGAAAAUAUGGAUGUAAUUGUCAUUGUAUUGUUACAACCUGUUUUACAAAAUUCCCAGUACCUAAGACUCAGGAAGAAAAUCUGUGCAAGCUCAAUUUUGGAGUGGCCUGCAAAUCCACAUGCAGAACAUUUAUUUUGGCAAAAAAUGAAAAAUGUUUUAUUGACAGAAAACACCAGCAGGUACAAUAACUUAUACACCAAUCCUGUAGCAACUUAGUAGCAUGCACACAAAUUUAAAUGUAUUAUAAUUUAUGACAAGUUUUUCUUAUCUGCCAUUAUAAGGGUCUGCUUACAUGGUGGGGUCAAGUUGGGGCUGAAUAGACUGUAAAUGGAUAAGAAACGUUUCCUUACUAUCUCCUACUUCGGCACUUGUUUACUGAGCCUAUAGCAUGACCCAAUAUCGGGCAGCAGGAUUAUUCAUACAGCCCUUUAAAUCUUUGAUCAAUUACACAUCUUCUACAUGUGGAAAUGUUUGGCUAACAAACAAGGAUAUUUUGGAUGGGGUAAAACCAAGCAAUAAGCUUAUGAAGGAGCGUUUUAUCAUUUGUUGGCUGAUUUUUGGACUUAUUACAAAAGGCAACUAUCGACCUGUUUGGCCAAUAAUCACACCAUGUAAUAGGACCCUUACAUUCUUGUGAAAUUUCAAAUUUUAUUCUAUUUUGGAUAUCUCAUUUUUGUUUUAAUGUUCUGUUGUCAUGGGGUGUUGUGUGCUGGUACAUUUUAAAGGGGUAUUCCAGGAAUUUUUAAUUUUUUUUUAUCAAACUGGCUGCCGAAAAUUAAACAGAUUUUAAAAUUACUUCUAUUAAAAAUCUAGAUCCUUCCAAUAAUUAUCAGCUGCUGUAGUUGAGUUGUUCUUUUCUGUCUGGCAACAGUGCUCUCUGCUGACAUCUCUGCUUGCCUCUGGAACUGCCCAGAGUGGAAGAGGUUUGCUAUGGGGAUUUGCUUCUUCUCUGGACAGUUCCCGAGACAGGUGUCAUCAGAGAGCACUUAGACAGAAAAGAACAAAUCAACUUCAGCAGCUCAUAAGUACUGAAAGUAUUAAGAUUGUUUAAUAGAAGUAAUUUACAAAUCUGUUUAACUUUCUGGAGCCAGUUGAUAUAUAUAUAUAAAGUUUUAUAUGGUGUUCUCAAUAGGUAUCAUCAGAGCUUGGUGUUAGAGAAACAUUUUCUUCUUCAUAAACAAUUAUCCUUAUAGUUAUGGGACAAGAACAAUUACUUUGCACAACCUUUAUGGAUGUUUCUUGUGGAUCAGUAUGCACAGAUGGAAUGUUUCAGUCUUGGUGCACAGCUGUAAAACAUUUGUGUACAGGGGCGGACUAAAAACACACAGGGCCCUCAGACCAAAAAAGCAAGGGCCCCCUGCGAUGCUGUACUGCUGGUCACACUUUUGCCCCUAUUCUACACAAAUCCCUCCAUCAGCCCUACACACAAAAUAAACUAAAUGUAAUAUAUAAGAAACACUUUAACGUAGGUAAAAUAGUUUUCUAUGACCAAUAAUACCAGUAUACAAGGAGUAAAUAUAUACCACCAUACCAUAACUGGAUAAUACCUCCAUACUGUACUGAAUAAAACCACUAUACACAGAUCAGUAUAAUAUACAGGGUCUGUAUACUAUUUUUAAGUGAUUAUGUACAGUGCCCAUAUAGCAGUAGAUACCAGCUGUAUACAGGAUCUGUAUACCAUAUAAGUGAUUAUAGUUACAUCAAGGGACUCACAGUUACGUCUUUUAAGAUCGGCGGCGUCCUCUUUCCUUUUCUUCUCCAUCCAAAUCAGACUGCCAUUUCGAUCUCUUACCAUCUGCAGGAGAAACAUGUUAGACUCUGCAUUUUUCCGGUGCCCUCCCCUCCUCUACACAAUCUUCCCAUCUAUAGGACCACAAACUGUAAUAAUUCCCUCCUUGGUGUCCUGCACAGUAAAAGGUGAAUAGGUAGACAGGUAAAUAGUUAACAAGUUAGAUAGAUCAGGAAGGCAGAUAUGUAGGUAGGUGACUAGCCCGGUAGGUAGGUUGCUAGCUAGGUAGUUAGGCAGCCAUAUUUCAAGGCCAGGUAUUUACACAGUUAGGUAGCCAGGUAUAUAGCAAGAUAUGUAGGUAGGUAGUUACGCAGCCAGAUAUGUAGAUAGUUAGAUAACCAGGUAUGUAGGUAUAAAGUUAGGUAGCCAGGGAGU